UCUCUUCUAUUAAUAUCGUUUUAUCAUAUCAAUUAAUAUUAUUUUACAUUACGAUAUUAAUCAAUAUUAUCUCAUCAAUCAUCUCAUAUGAGUUAAAUGAAAACGCAUUAACAACGCGAUUAUAUAAGUUAAUGAUGUUUUUGAAAAAUAUUUUCAGUGAGUACAUACAAUGACUAAUAAACUGCAACUGUAUGCGUAUGCUUAGGAUAUCAUCAAUUAUCUUUGAACCUAAUCUUUUCAUCUAAAUUGCAAUUGGCACGAUAUUCCAAUUAUGCCUCCUAUUGUUUGUGAUGGCGCGGAGAUCAAGGGUAAAUGUAAUGAGAGUAUAAAUAUGGGGAGAGUUCGCGAAAAUAAAAGAAAGACGGGUUUUUUUUGGUAGAAGACUGGCACUCUGAGAAAUUAUUGUUUGGCAAUAUUACUCCAGUUUAUCCAGUUUACAAACUAAACAUAUUUCAGUUUUGAAUAUUAAAAGUUGAGUAAAAAUGUGGCUGACUGUAUUUAUAGUAGCAUCAUUAGCCAGUAUAGCUUUAAGUAGGAAUGCAUCAAAUACUAUUAUACCCAUAGAAUCUCUGUAUCCUGACGAUGCUUAUAACCACAUGAAUUUCACGACAAAAUGCUACGGUGAUUUGGGAUGUUUCUAUACCGGUCCUCCUUGGUACCAUCCUCUGUACAGACCAAUAAGUGUACCACCGCAAGAACUGCACACAAAGUUUUUGUUGUAUACACGUUCCAAUAAACGGAAGCCCUAUUAUCUGAUACCAACGCGAGAAUCACUGUCAAAGUCUCCUUUCAAAGCUGAUUUACCAACAAAAGUACUCGUUCACGGAUAUUUAGGUCGUCCGCAACAACUUGUAGGUAUAAUGCAAGAACUCUUGAAAUAUUCCUCUUACAAUGUAAUCUUAGUAGACUGGUCGCGUGAAGCAAACUCUCUUCCAGCUCAAGCAAUUGCCAACGCCAGAUUGGUCGGAGCGUAUGCAGCUAAACUUCUUCAAUUCAUAAUGGAACGAAUUGGAUUGGAACCAGAAAACAUCCAUCUUAUUGGUCACAGUCUUGGUGGUCAGCUGGUUGGUUUCAUUGGACAGAGAAUUAGAAAUUUGGGCAGAAUCACAGCCUUGGAUCCACCAGGACCAUACUUUGAUCAUGCCCCGAAAGAAGUUCGUUUAGAUAGAACUGAUGCUAUCUUUGUUGAUGUUUUACAGGUUAAUGGUGGAAGAAACUUUUUUGAGGGCUCUGGCACAUAUAAUAUUAUUGGGCAUGCUGUCUUCUCCAUCAACGGUGGUCAUCGUCAACCAGGCUGCAAAUACAAACCUACCAAGUAUCCUCGCCCUUUCGCUGGUCUUCGUCCCGGUCCUUUAUGCAGCCACCUUCGAGUUCUAGACAAUUUCAAGUCUUCCAUCAAUACUUGUAAGUACACUUCAUACGCAUGCUUCUCCUACGAAGCAUUUAAGUAUGGUCACUGCAAGAACACUCCAUUCACGAACAGGAUGGGAUUCCACGCUGUCAAACCACCCUUUCAGCUCAAUUAUUUCUUGGACACCACCGGCAAAGCUCCCUACUGUGAAGUCAAAUAAUUUCUGUGUUCGUCUGAUUGUUAUGCAGUUUGAAUUCUCAUUAAAUUAUGAAUUAGAUUGCA